AUCGUGAGGUAGAGGGAAGACCACUGUUGUCCUGUGCUGAGAGUGCUGCGGUUGCCCUGGGAUACCGUCAUGAGCUUCAGAGCAGUGCUGCUGUCCUUCGUCCUCAUGUCUCUGAGCUGGUCCAACGCAGCUGUCAUCACAGGAGCUUGUCAGAGAGACAUACAGUGUGAUUUUGGUACGUGCUGUGCAGUCAGUCUAUGGCUGAGGGGUCUGAGGAUAUGCGUCCCCAGAGGCAUGGAAGGGGAUGAAUGCCAUCCGCUGAGCCACAAGGUACCUUACGCGGGGAAGAGGCAGCACCACACCUGUCCCUGUCUGCCGCACUUGGUGUGCACCAGAGUCUCUGCAAACAAGUACAGAUGCACUGAGGACUUCAAAAACAUGGACUUCAAAUAAACGGCCGUGCGUGCAAAUCAUGGCCGACAUUUCACUGUAAAGACUUGCACAGU